UGAGGUACGUUGAGACCAAGGUGAGUAUUGAAGACGGUGAGAAAACAGAGUAAAGUGAGCGUCUUGGUUGUCUUGUUUGAUGAACUCGCCACUUUUAUUUGUAAAUACAAUUUGACAAAGUCGCUUUGAAAGUGUUUGUGCAAGUGGAAGUAUGAUUUAGCAGCGUGUGUUCGAUGGCAAUCUGAAAAUUGACAAGUACAUUUGAAAGGAAAUGCAAAUUCGGGCCAUGUAGAUAACAUAGAAAUUAGUCAAGGACAUUCCAAACUUUGCAGCUGUAGUCAGCAGGACAGAAACACUGCUUUAACUCCGCAGAAACGAUGCACGGUGUAGCGUCUCUAUUGGUCUUAUUGCAACUAAGCUUUUCAAGAGCUCUCGACUACCAUUUUGACGGAAAUUCCUACAUCACAUAUACGAGCAGAGGCGAGUUCACUAGGAACUACACCAAAAUUCACUUACUGUUUCGAACAAGGCUAACGUCGACUGUUUUACUUCAUAUAAGAGGGGAGAAUAAAGAUUUCAUUACUUUGGAAAUCGUUGGAGGACGAUUCAGAUAUGCAUCGGUGUUUAGCGGUCGCGACGGACAAAGGACUGGCACGAACGACGUCACCAUUGAAGAUAAGCUCUCAGACAACGAAUGGCAUCAAAUCGACAUAGAUCGAAACGGGCACAGUUUAAAAAUUAUAGUGGAUGUGACGCGAAAAAAGCUGUCGGCCGAUAAACACCUAAAAUACGUAGACAUCAAUAAGGAUAUUACAGUCGCCACAUUACCUCCAUCUAUCAGGAACGAUCCCCAAAACAUCUCUUUAAAAAGUGAUGCCCCUACGCAUCCCUCAUUUCCCAAGGUGAGUCUUGCAAACAGAGCUUUCAAAGGAUGCAUGUCCGAACUUAAAGUAAACGACGUCGAUAUUUUCCGAGCAGUGAACGAGAAGUCGAAACUUGUCACCGUCUUGGGAAAGUUGGGACCGAAAUGUACUGAGUUGAAAACAGAAUCCAAGGAAAAGUUACCAAGGACAACGGAGGGUAGUAAAAACAUCAUUUAUGAUCCAACAAAGCCAAAACUACUUUUCACGACAAAAACGAAGAUCAAUUCGCAGAAGACAAGAUUAUUUAACGUUAAUACGACAAUGAUUACAAAGAAAACGAUUUCAUCUUUAAAGAACCAAUCGAGGACGUUGAGGAUAAAUUAUAACGAGGAACCAGCAUAUCCCAGGGCUACCACAAAAAUACCCACGAAAGAACGAACAACUAAGGCCUCUAACCCGAGUAAUAAUACACACGUUUUCAUCCUCGAGAGGUCGAAUACUGUGACGAAGAUUGGUUUGGGUAAAUAUCACUUUCUGGUGUAUCUAUUUUUGUCAAUGGUGUUUUUCCUACUAGUGGCCAUUAUCGUUGUCGUCUACAUCAAAUGGCAUAAUUCAAACGGUUACUCAGAGGGACUGGAGACCACAAAUAUGGAGAAAGCCAUUCGAGCAACUUUGGAAACACGUGAUGAACAUAUGACGUCACAGACGGUGGUAAAACACGAAAUAUCGUCAUCACAAAACGAUUCGGGAAUAGAUCGAACUACAUCGUCUUCAAACAGCCCCCGCAGCUCCAAAGUAGAAGAGGAUGACGUAAAGAUUCAAGAGGAAGUGAACCCUUGCAUGAACCAAUGGGAAAGAGAAGGUGACGUACGAUUUCUUGUGUUUAAAGAUCCUAACUUCGCCAGUACAAGUUUUGAUUGGACAGUAGUCAAUGAUUCGCAGCAUAGUGCAGUAUCAAAGUAUGACAUGCGGCAUAGUGAGAAUGAGAAAGUCCCACAGGAAUACUCGGUAAACGGACACGAUGACUAUGGUGACGUCACUGAUGAUGACGUAGCAUCGACAAAACAUGGAACAACGAAGUCGAGUAACCUUUCAAUUGACGCUCACCAUUAUAGCAGAGCGUGUUUCAAGACAACACCACAGACACAUGCAUGUUGAAGAAAACAGAAAAGACAAUUACCACAAAAAAUGCGAAAAUUUUCCAACCAAAAAACCCUGUAAAUCCCAGCAAGAACAAUACAAGUGGCGACUAAGAUCUACUAAUCUCGGUGAGGUGGUACAAGGAUACUUAAGUCUGACACACUGACAUGCUGACAAUCACAAAUAGGAGACCAUAGAGCGACUGAAACCUAUAUCAAACUAGACCAAACAACCUUACCUUUCCACGUAAUCCCCUACUAGAGUCACACCCCGCCGUGUAAAAAAUCAACUCUCUCUCAUGAUUUAAACACCUGCAUCAUAUUUAU